AUGAUUGAGUUCGAAGAUUUAAACAUACUUGCAUGGAAUGUGAGGGGAGCAGCGAGUGCCUCGAGAAAGAGGCAUAUGCAGGAGGUGAUUAGAGCCAAACACAUUUCUCUAAUCUUUUUGUUCGAAACUCAUGUUGCCUUCCACAAAGUCAGCACUUUUUGGUCCAGGCUAGGCUUUCAGCCUAUUCAUGUCGUGGAGGCUCAAGGCCACGCGGGUGGCAUUUGGUGCUUGGCUUCAGUUAGCAUUGCAGGGUGCUUCUCUGUGGUUGAUAUUCAUAACCAAGCAAUUACUGUUCGAGCUUCGAAAGGUGGCCAGUCUUGGUUUUGCACCGGAGUUUAUGCGAGCCCUAUUCCUUCUGCUCGGUUGCACUGUUGGGAGCAUUUGAAAAAUCUCCGGACUUCUGUGGAUGCUCCUUGGAUGGUCUUGGGUGAUUUUAAUAACUCUCUUUACCAUUCCGAUCAACGGGGAGGCAACUUUUCGUUUGCUCAAGCUGUCCCUUUCAGAGACAUGGUGGACUCUUGUAACUUACUCGACAUCAAUCCGGCUGGCUAUAAGUUUACUUGGGUCCGUCGUAGAGGUGGGGUCCCGAUCCUUUUCAAAAAAUUAGAUUGGUGCUUCAUUGAUGCAGGCUGGCGCACGGCUUUCCCUGAGGGGGCAGCGGACGUCCUUCCUCGCUUGUCCUCAGAUCAUCACCCCAUCUUGGUUCGCUGUGGCCCAACUCCUCUUCGUGGUCCUCGCCCUUUCAGGUUUGAAGCUGCGUGGUUGAUGCAUGAGCAGUAUGCGGGUUUGGUGCAAGACGCUUGGGCCUUGCAAGGAGAUGUGUCUAGCAAGCUCGAGUUGGUCAAAGAUAAGUCAGUGCUUUUUAAUAAGGAGGUUUUUGGUAAUAUUUUUUUUCGAAAGCACGAGCUUGAGGCUAGGUUGAGAGGUGCCCAACGUAAAUUGGAAAGGGUGGACUCGGCUAGUCUUUGGCGACUGCAUGAUUCUCUUGAGCAGGAAUUGGAUGGUGUUCUUAAGCAGGAAGAGCUUCUUUGGUUUCAGAAGUCCCGAGAGCAGUCCUUUCUGCUUGGUGAUCGGAACACCAAGUACUUUCAUACUCAGACCAUUGUUAGACGGCGUCGUAGCAGGAUUCAUUCUUUGGCCCUUCCUUCUGGGGAGAUUUGUGAUCAGGAGGAUGUCCUUAAGAGGGAAGCUUUAUUAUUUUACAAAUCUUUGUUCUGCUCGCAAGUUCAGGUGUCCCCGUGCUCUAUGUCUUCUGUUUUUCCUCCACCUCUGACGGAGGCUUGGAGCUGUGGGCCUUACUCAGGGAGUGACUAA